AUGGCAGGGCCAACAUGGAUGGUGAAGAUGGAGCUGCUCGGCUGGGGAUCGAGAGCUGCAAAGGCGGUCAACGACCUGGAACGGCAUGGCUGGGACAGGAUGACAGUGUUGGUACACGGACUGCCAAUUGCAGAGAAGGACCGGUUGCAUUGGCUUGCCAUGGGCAACUAUACGCCUCACGGCAAGUGGGUGAAUCGCUUCCUGACGAGAGUGACUUGCCCAACGGUGGUAGCCCUCACGGGCAUGACAUGCGACCGCUUCAUCGAAUCCGCUAUGGGUUAUGCACUGGAGCACAAGCUAUGCGACAUCGUCAUGGCCCUCGACGAGCUGCUGUUGUGCUUCGGGAAUUUGGUCCCAUACCUCUGCGUGAGCACCAAGGAGGAAGUGAUGCUGUCAGAGCCACUGACAGCCUCUCAGAUAUCCGCAACGAUGAAGACUUUCGAGCGGAAGAUGAGCGGAUUGAGGAAAAGGAUUCACAAGCUGGGGCCGAAUGCGCCCAAGCAGAACGCCGCGUACAUGCGCUUCCGGCUGGCUCGGCAGAACGCUGCCUACCUGGCAGCCAGGUUCAUUCAGGAGACAUGCGAGCGCGUUGGUGUCGCGCACGGUCAGGACCGCCCGAUCGAGACCAGCAAGCCGGAGAACGGAGACUCGCCAGAGAGGCUCUACAAGAAGCUGCAGAUGCUGAAGGAUGACAGCGAGGUAGUACAGUGGCGAUUGGGCAUUGACCCACAGCUUCUCCAGUCCAUUCAGGACGUCAUCGAGAAGGAGCAAAUGAAGCUGGCGGAUGCUGAGAUGGCCAAGGAAGCCGAGCUCGGCGAUGCCGCGGAGGCAGCGGAGGCCUGGCGGCUCUUCCAGGAGCAGUUCCCCAAAGCUGCAGCAAAGGAGGUUUACAUGACCACCCCCUGCCGCGAAGCGGACAUCAAGUUCCGAUUCCGACGGAUGAAGGAAGCGAUGGAGGUCGAGUCUUCGACUGCUCUGGAGAUUUUGGGUCGAGACUCGACACCCAUGUUUGUGGAUCCGGACUUUGUGCGACGGACCUGGAAAGCCAUGGUUGAGGUGACUGGACGCGAGGAUGCACUCGAGAGCAUUGUCCUGAAGCAUCCUGGCUCCCUGGUGACGCAACCGCAGAAUGUUGAGGCAAAGAUCAAUGAGAUCAAAACGGGCGCAGCUGUGAUCGGGGCUUUUGCCGACGUGGGCAAGUCCCUGCAGGGAAUGUUCAGGUGA